AUGUCUACUUGUGAAUCUGAUAAGAGUACAUUACGUACCGCGCCCCUCUUAUCGAGACAUGCAUCUUUUUUAAUCAAACGCAAGCCAACUCAAUUCAACAGCUGGUUAGACGAGCAACACACUAGAAGUCUUUCAGUCCCUGACUUGCACAAAUUGAGCCGAGAAUGGGAGUCGUAUCAGAGAUCAGAUGCGACAGCAGAGAAUAGAAUCAUAGACACAAAGAUGCAGAUUGACUUGCUGAAUAUUAGACUUGACAGCAAAAUAAAGCGGCCUCAGAUACGACUCAAGAUGGGCCCUGCUCAGUACUAUUCCAAAAGAUCAGAUACGAGCACUGGCGAUUGGAACGAAGGGUUCAUAUUUGUGGUGUCGUAUCAUGCUCAGUUAUUUAAUACAAUCGAGUUUGACUUGUACGAUAAACCGCACAAACAUUGGCCAACGACCAAGCAUAUUGGCAAAGCAAAGCUCAAGAUUUCAACGCUUGGAGGCAAGACUGAUGUGUUUGUAACGUUUCUACCCAUCUAUGAGUAUCGCUCAAAGCGACUCUUGCCAUCCGAUGUGCAGCCGACACUCUUAGAAACCGACAUACUAGAUCCCACCAUUGUAUCCAAGAAAACAGGCGAUUUAAAUCUGAUAGGAUCCGUGCAGAUUCGCAUCAGGUACCAUUUUCAACAGCCCAUCACAACAGAUGAGCAAAUGCCAAACAAAAAAAUACUACCAGGCAAGAAGGUUGAGAAUGAUGACCAUCAACAGCACAAUACAUUGUACGCACCAGAGGAUGUCUUUCAUCCAUUAUCAGUGGCCACGACAAAUGCCUCUGCUACUAGCUAUCUCUCAACGCAUUCAGCUACUCGAGUUUCCAGCAGACGGACUUCAUACGGUAGAGGCGAUCUAGCACAGGAAGAAGGAUACGUAGAUGAUUUAUUCAAGAAUCGAUUGUCAACCAUUAUGACAGCCCAUAUACCAGAAUCAUCCGAAUCCAGCCUGGCAUCGCAUUUAUCUGACAGCAGGAAAAGCAAGUGGGAAAGGCGUUUUCACUACACACCCAGAGGCUUCUCCGUCUCAUCCUCAUUUACUCCAAAAUCCUCCAGUAGCAGCAUCCAUCGCCGCACUCGUGGCCAUCACCAACAUGGAAUCCAGUUGCAGUGGAUAAAGCACUUGAUUACGCCAGCCAAGAAGCUGCCAAAUUCAUCUCGUGGUAGGCGCUAUGGCUUCUCACAAAACGAUUCAGACGACAGCCACAAAUUCAACCCUGAUGAUGAAAGCACAGACACAUCAUCUUCAAUGGCGUCGACCCUGUCUUCAUCAGCACCCGUAACAGAUCGAUUGGCACAUGGUGCAAAGAAGAAGGCUCAACACAUUAUCGACAGCGUGAACUUUGGGGAUAGAGACUUUGCUACACAGUGGAUGCAGGACUCUUUUGAAGAUGUGGCAUUAUCCCAUCCAGUGGUGGACAAGUUGAUUGGGCUUGUAGUGAGCAAACAAACACAAGCCAUGGUGCGCGCCAUCAUCAAGACAGCCAACUCGUUUGGUCAAGGGUUUCGUGUUACCGGUAUCAAACUACUGAAGGCCGCCUUGUUGAUCCAAAAGUUCUAUGAAUCCUUGCCUCGACCACCACUGCAAAAGCCAGUGACAGACAGCUAUCUCAUUGACUAUGCGUGCCACUACUUUUCAUUUGCAUUGAUGGCUUAUGGGUGGCGUGGUCUCUGUUAUUUAGGCAUGUAUGGACAAUACGUACGCGGUGCUCGUGAUAGAAGAUCCAAUCGGCUCGCAAUUAUCCGGUAUUUACAUCUGCACCCUGAAGAUUUGUUAGGUUAUGAAUAUGCCCUGCGUAAAGGAGCGUCGUUCCAGCCAAGUUAUUACGUUGCUCUUGACAGACCACGUAGAGCCAUUGUGCUAAGUAUUCGCGGCACCUGGAGUUUAUAUGACGCCAUUACAGAUCUUGUGUGUGAGUACAGGCCGUGGAAGGGUGGCCUUGUCCAUUCAGGCAUGCUAGCAUCUGCUCAAUGGUUUUACACGAGCAUUAUACCACAAAUAUUCCGUUACAUUUAUCACCAUGGCGACGAAUUGGACCGCUUCAUCAUUACUGGACACAGCUUAGGUGGCGGGACAGCCUCUUUAUUGACCAUGAUGGUGGCAGAUCAUAUUGACGAAUUGAGAGACCUUGCUGGAAAUCCCAACUUUGAGAUGCAUUGCUACAAUUACGCACCCUCUGCAGUCAGCUCGCCGGAUCUAUGCAAGAAAUAUGAAGAGUACAUUCACAGUGUUGUGUGUCAAGAUGAUGUAGUGGGGCGACUCUCGUAUGGCACAGCCAUGAAGCUAAAGGAGCUGGUGUUGGACAUGAUAAGUGCUUAUGGCACUUUAGGAGGUUUUAGAAAGACCAUGACGGAUCCAAAAGCCCGCAAAGUAUGUUUUGAUAUCAUUGCUCAACGUAGAGACAAGUUGAACAAUGUCGCAGAUUCAAUGUAUCCAUCAUUGUAUAUACCAGGCAAAAUUAUCCAAAUCAAACGAUCAAAGGAAACUCGCUUUGCCAGCAAAUCUGAAGAGGAACCCCAGCAGCAGCAGCAACAAGACGCACAUGCCAAAGAACGAAGAGGAUCCACUGCAGCAGUAGGCGAGGUCUUAUCCAGACACAACAUUCCUGGCACCAGCAAGACAUCCUACAGUCUGCAUUACUCUGAUCACCAGAUAUCCAACGAGAUGAAAUUGACAAAAACUUGUAUUGAAGACCAUAUGAUAGCAGCCUACCAUAAUGCGUUUGAAGCUCUUAGGGAACAACAUCCUUCACCUUAUAAAGAUGAAUAA